GAUCAUUACCGAGCAGAGAGAGCGUGCCUCCCCCCGAGCCCAACAAGAAAGACACGGGCGGCCUCGAGGGAGCGCGCCGGAAGGAGGCCAGGCAGGCAGGCAGGGCAGGCCAAGAGAGAGAAAGGGGAGGCCCGGCCCCGCCAGCGGGGACCGAGUGGACCGCUGGCCCCGUGGCAGAUCUCCGAGUGGACCGCUGGAGAGGGAGCGGGCGCCCAGCGCCGAGAGAGAGAGAAGAAGAGAGCCCACGCGGAUGGGCCGCGGAGGGGAGCCCCCCUUCCUGGCAGCCGCCGAGGCGCCAGGCGGGCCCCCGAGAGGCGAGAGAGAGAAGAGAGGCCGAGGCCUAUUGCGAACCCAUCGACCUCAGGUCGGGCAAGAGGACCCGCUGAAUUUAAGCAUAUCACUAAGCGGAGGAAAAGAAACUAACCAGGAUUCCCCCAGUAGCGGCGAGCGAAGCGGGAAGAGCCCAGCGCCGAAUCCCCGGGCCCCCAGCGGGCCCGCAGGAACUGUGGCGUAG